GUUGAAAGUAGCUAAUACAAAAGAGAUACGAGACCUAGUAUUAUUGACAUUGUUUAUUUGUUCUUCAUACGCUAUAUUUGUUGGGCUACAUCCCAUCAUUGGUGCUUUAAUUGAGAGAUUAGUGUGAGAUAAAAUUGUGAGAGUAUGGCCUAAGAAAGAACAAGGGUCUCGUAGCAACGCAACGCUGCUCAGUCAAACGAGAUUGAGACGGCCCUGAAUAACAUUGCCAACAUGAUGGUGAAUGUUAUGGACAGGCUGGAGCGGGCCCUUAUGGGUUCCUAGAAACCAGAAGGGGCAACCGAGGCAGAUUCCCCAGAUGGCUGGAGGGGUAAUCAAUCCCAUUCUCGGAGAGCUACAUACACCUGAGGAGAUGGAGAGGGAGAGAGAAGCAGUCAGAAAUCCCUGGAGGUAGAAAUGACCUGGAAUAACCAGGAGCAUCAGGGACAACCCCGGACGGUGGGCCGAGCACCGGCACGACUCCGGGUUACUAGCCUGACACAUAAUGCGGAGACUAGAAAUUCGAGAGGCUCGGUGUUUCAGUGGAUGUCCCUGGAGCGGAUCCCAGUGAGUGAAAGGUUGGGAAAGAACCAUGGAAAAGCCCGAGUAGGCUGGGAGCGACCGCAACCGAGUCAGGUGGAAUCUUCUCACCGAGAGCAGCACCAGGGAGAGAAAGAUCGUAGAUCUGCAUCUUCUUCUUCUUAUUCGAUGCAGUACACAACGGCCAGAUGGAGCGCGGCGGGAGAGGAUACCCCCUUAGCUCUGAUUUUCGAUGGGAGAAGACACGCGACGAGGAAAGCGAUAAACAAAGGCAAUUUAGAGUUCACCGAAGGUGACCUAAAAACAAUUUCAGUGCCUUGUCCAAAAAUUCCAUAGUUCAAUGGUUGUUUGUUGCUAUUAACUCCAAAUUUGAGUUGUUCUUCAAUUUCUUCUUUGUUUAUGCUUGGUUUUUAUUUGGUGAUUAGAUUUUAGUAUUGUGUGUAAGUUCUAAGGAUUUUGCAGAUUUGAGGUUGAAUAUUUGAUACUCCCUCCGUCCAAAAAAGAACUUCCCGGUUUGACCCGGCACGCACUUUAAGAAAAUCUGAAAUUAUCC